GGAAGAAACGGGGCAGCAGCCAAGGAAAACAGCUAAACCACUUUUCUCUCAUUUAUUUUUGGACGAACGUAUCCGGGGAAGGCUCUGAUGGUACGUAUGAAAAGUGAAGACCAAAGCGCGCUGACUACAUUUCCUCUGAAGGGAGGUAAUACUAGCCGAAAAGAGUUCGUUUGUGUAAGAGCUGGAGAAAGGAACCGCCAGGAGGUUCGCGCAUGUGAGAAGAUGUAGGAGGUGACGGUGCAGAAGUGGAAGCCGUGAUGAAUGCACCGUCCACAGACCCGCAAGAGGCAUGCGCCCGCGUCCUCCAGGGGCUGUGGGAUCAGGUGAGAGCAGGGCAGGAGGAGAUCCUGCUCUCACCCUACCUGCCUGCGUCCUGCGCCUUCCUCACGCACGUGCUGUUCUGCGCUCCGUUCCUCGCGCUCGACGCGCUGGCCUGCGUCUGUCAGCGGGUCGGGUCGUGGAGGAUCGCUGCAGGCUCGGGACCGCCGCCGCCUCUCCGGCGAUGGUUUGACUGUUUCUGGAGGGUGCUGUACAGGUACCUGACCAUCGUCCUUCCCGCCACCGCGCUGUUUCAGACCCUUAGGAGCCCCACGUUACCUGCGCUGGCUCCGUCCUGCUGGGAGCUCUUUGUUGAAGUCUGCGCAUGUUUUCUCCUUUUUGACACCGUCUACUUCAUAUGGCACUUCUCCAUGCACAGGUUUCCCUGGCUCUAUUGCAACAUCCACCAUAUCCACCACCAGCACCACAUGCCCUUCGCUCUGGCAGCCCAGGAUGCCAGCUCGACCGAGCUGCUGUCUCUGCUGCUGCUGGCUCUGAGCAGUGCCUGGGUGGUGGGCUGCCACCCUCUAGGCGAAAUCUUCUUUCACCUCCUCAACAGCUGGAUGGCGGUGGAAGACCACUGCGGCUACAAUCUGCCCUGGGCUCUGCACAGACUGCUGCCCUGUCUGGGAGGAGCCCCCUUCCACCAAGCCCACCAUAGCCUACGCACUGGCAACUAUGCCCCCUACUUUACCCACUGGGACCACCUCUUUGGCACAUACCAUGCAUGAGUGCUGUAUUCACAUCCAGUCAAUAUGUCAAUAUGAAUUGAAUGAUUUUUUCUGCAAAUGUUGCUUACUCCUGAUCAGAUUUUCAUAUGCACACUUAAGAAGGAAUAUGUUAACUUGCAAGUUUGACAUUUCAGUAACAUGUCCAUUCAAGACAUUUUAAGACUUGUGGCCGCAAAAUACCAUUUGUAAUAAGACUGACUGUAUUUUGAAUAUGUAUGCUAGAUCAUUCCCUAAACAAGACUAAAUAUUGUAUGUUUCCUUGUCAAUUUCACCAAGUUAGUGGACAAAUCUCAUGUUCCCAAGCCAUAAGAUAGAUAUAACUUGUUAAUAAAUGAGCUUUAUGUCCUGGGAGGUGGAUCUUGUUCCCCUUACAUAUAGCCAAGCUGUUUCCCCCCAUUUCCAGUCUUUAUGCUAAGCUAAGGUAAAAUGGCUGCUGGCUGUAGCUUCAUAUUUACUGUACA